UCUCGAAUCAUAAAACCGUCUUUUAAACGCUCGCUCAUUGACUGUCAUGGCGAGUUGGUCAUGAAUACGAUUUGUUUAUUGAUAUUAGAAGUAAAGCCAAUAAAAUCUUAUGAAACGAAAGGAAACUAAGUGAAAAUGUGGGGACCACGUUCCACUGUCGUGAUACCAGUAUUUCUAUUAAUUAUACCAACAAUUCUAUCAGAAGCUGACCCAUAUUCCAACGAAAAGUAUAGACCACUUGGUCCACUAGUGAAAUGUAACUUUUUACCGCUAGAAUUCUUGGAUUGUGAUGAACCAAUCGACCACAAAGGGAAUCAUACUGCGAGGGAAUCUGUUGGUUACGGCUGUGUGAAGUUUGGUGGUGUUAGAUAUGACCAGGUUGAGAAAACCAAAGUACAAUGCAAAGCUUUGGAUGGGAUCGAGUGUCAUGGAAGCAGAAGUUUUCUAAGAGAUGGAUUCCCUUGUGUCCGGUACUCGGGACACUAUUUUACCACUACGCUAAUCUAUAGUAUACUUUUAGGGUUUUUAGGUAUGGACAGAUUUUGCCUUGGGCAGACUGGGACAGCUGUAGGCAAACUCCUCACAUUAGGAGGGCUAGGAAUCUGGUGGAUAGUUGAUGUAGUGCUACUCAUUACAAAUAGUCUGCAUCCUGAAGAUGGAAGUAACUGGAAUCCUUAUGUUUAAAAAGACUGUUUGCUUUGAGUUUGUGACUUCAGUUCAAACCUCAUAAUUCAUAAAGAUACUAUAGAAAUGAAAUUAUUUUUACAGCACCUAACAGUUAUCAAUGUUCAUUAACUGAAAUCUCCAUGAGACUUGACCCAAUUCUACCGACUUCAAAAAAGGAGGAGGUACUAUGUUCGGCUGUAUUUUUUUCUUAGUUCUUAUUCUUUAUCAAUCAGCCACAUCAACUGUGUGAUAUAAUAGAGAUUUAUACCUACUAAUAGAUGUAAGUUAUUUUAUCUCAUAAGGUUAAUUUUUGUAAACUAAAUACAGUAUCUGCAAUUUUUUUAA